AGGUAUCCUUCCCAACUGGAUGCAGCAGAGUGCGGGCUUGAAGUACGGCACGAAGUUUGGUGAUGCGAAGGUGCUUUUGUUCCAACCUGAUCCAGAAAGCGACAAGAAGACUUUGGAAUAUGAAGCAUCGUGGAAGGGCAAGCUGCAAGGACUUAGCGAUAAAGGCGUUGGAAGCAAAAUCCUGACCACGGAUCCACAGUACAACUUGAAGCUCAACAACGAAGGCUUCGAUGCCAAGAUUCGCGCGCCUGCGAAGUUGGGCACUGCUUUCGGAGCUGAAGGAUCUGUGUCCAUGGAUGGAGACAAGGACCUGUCAGGUUUUGUGGAAUGGAACGGUAAGCGUGAGGUGGUCAAAGGCAUGGACUUCUCCAUUGAUGCUAAGGCCACAGCGCAGGAAGGCAAUGUAUCGAUGCAGCCCAUUGGCCUGACCUUAGCCGCGGACCUGGGAAAGCUGGCACCCAAGGUGGCCACCAGCGAUUCGUCCUUGAAAUUGCGCAGCCGCUACAAGUUGGGAGAAGACCGUCCAAGUUUGUCGGCAUCUGCUGAGCUAAGCCCCAAGAAGCUUCCAGAGGUGAAAGCCAAGGGAUCGGCUACCUAUGAUGACAGUGGCAGCGUGUCCAGCUCCUUGAAAGUGACGGCAGAAGAUCUGAGUGGGGUGGAUGCACAGUAUCAGUUAUCCAGCGGCAAGAAGGGUCUUCAGCAAGCAGCUGAAGUCCGACUUCCAAGGGUGGAAUUCCAAGAUGGAAGCUAUUUGCGUGGCACGGGGAAAGUCUACAAAGGCUCGGAGUGGGGCGAGAAGCCACGUAUGCAGCUGGGUGUCCAGUAUGAGGGCAAUUUGCGCAUCUUGGACCAUGACUUGAAGCUGGGCGGAGAGAGCUCUGGCUUUGAUUCUGGCAGGAACCUUUUGGACGAGAUGGGAAAGCCAUGGAAGAGUCCUGAACUCAACAAAGCUCGCAACAGUGCCAAAGUUGUGCGAAACUACAUCAAGAGCGAGACAGGACAUGGGCGUAGAUGGAUCUCCAAGUGAACUGGAUGAUGGUUUGCAGGAUUUUGCCGCAGGCUCACGGAGAGCUCUUGAAGAGUCACAGUCCUAGGCAGUCCUAGGUGCAGCUUUCAAAAUCGUUGUUGCUGACGUGGUGCAGAUGUCUA